AUGAUAUUUCUCUCCAACAAAUAUCAAACUGUCGAUCAGCUACAGCAAUAUUAUCUAUUUAUACCUGUAAAAUACAAAGACGUCUAUCUGGUGCACAUCCUCAACGAGCUGGCUGGCAACAGUUUCAUGAUCUUCUACAGCACUUGCAACAACACUGUGAAGACUGCCUUGAUGUUGCGAGCUCUGGGCUUAGCUGCGAUUCCGUUGCAUGGACAGAUGUCGCAGAACAAACGCUUGGCAGCGCUCAACAAAUUUAAGGCGAAAAAUCGUUCGAUUUUGAUAUUCACCGAUGUUGCCUCACGUGGUCUUGACAUUCCCCAUGUGGAUGUGGUGGUUAACUUUGAUAUACCCACGCACAGUACCCACAUACAUCGUGUGGGACGCACAGCGCGUGCCGGACGUUCCGGGCAAGCCAUCACUAUGGUCAGUCAGUAUGACAUUGAAUUGUAUCAGCGUAUCGAACAUUUGCUGGGCAAACAGUUGCCUCUGUACAAAUGCGAGGAGGAUGAGGUAAUGGCUCUGCAGGAGCGUGUGGCGGAAGCACAACGUACAGCGAAACUGGAGCUCAAGGAUCUGGAGGAUAGCAAGGGCUACAAGGGUGGCAAAGGCGGUGGCACUAAGCGUUCGGCUGCUGGAGGGGACCACGAUGAUUCGGAACAGUUUACGGGUGCGCGCAAGCGCAUGAAACCCAUGGGCAAGGGUGGGAAUAACAAAAAGAAUUGGAAUCGUGGCAAAAAGCGCAAUUAA